AUUUCAGGCGUUCAUCAUUCAGUCCCCUCCAAGACCCCCCCAACACCGACCCCAAACACCCUUCGAUUCCAUCUCUUGCUCGACUCUCGUCCGUGUUCGCCUCUGCUUCUCUUGACUACCUUCCCUUGCCCGUUCACUGCUAGCCCAUCAUGAACCCCGAAUACGAUUAUCUCUUCAAGCUCCUCCUCAUCGGAGACUCCGGUGUUGGAAAGUCUUGCUUGCUACUCCGUUUCGCCGAUGACACCUACACCGAAAGCUACAUCUCAACUAUUGGUGUCGACUUCAAAAUCCGGACUAUUGAGCUCGAUGGCAAGACCGUGAAACUUCAGAUUUGGGACACUGCUGGCCAGGAACGCUUCCGUACCAUCACCUCUUCUUACUACCGUGGUGCCCACGGUAUUUGCGUCGUUUAUGAUGUGACCGACAUGGACUCCUUCAACAACGUCAAGCAGUGGCUUCAGGAGAUUGACCGAUAUGCCACCGAGGGUGUCAACAAGCUGCUCGUCGGCAACAAGAGCGAUAUGGAGGACAAGAAGGUCGUGGAGUACACCGUGGCGAAGGAGUUUGCCGACAGCCUUGGAAUUCCUUUCCUUGAGACCUCUGCCAAGAACGCAUCCAACGUCGAGCAGGCAUUCUUGACGAUGGCCCGACAGAUUAAGGAGCGCAUGGGAACGGCCACUGUCAACAACAAGCCCACCGUGCAGGUUGGUCAGGGCCAGGGCGUCCAGUCUGGAUCCGCAGGCGGCUGCUGCUAGACGACCAUGGAACCCAGUGUGCAAGGCGGUACUUCCAUUUGGCGCAAUGUUACAUUCAUGGAUGAGGGUUUCCAAGCGGGAUGAUAAUUUCAUCGGCAGCCAGGCUUGUCUUUUUACCCACCCGCUCGACCGUUGAUUGCAAGCUAGCCAUCGAGUCCAGACAGCCCCGAGAAAUUUGGGAAGGGGGAAGCUGGUCUCAUUCGUCUUUGGCGAGAGCCAAUCUGGGUCUGCCCUUGAUUCUUCCCUCCCUUUUCUUACCCGUGCUUUAGAUGGCUCUGCGUUCUGUCAUUCUUCGUUUGCUUUGUGAUUACCGCUGGUGUUUCUUUUUCUUUUCUCCUAUUUUUUCUCCUUAUUCCUGGCCGCAUCUAUUUUCUUCUUGGCCCUUCAGUCUCUUUUGUUCUUUCUUGUAGGUUGGAUUCAUCUCUUCAGAAUGGAUUAAUGGCGAAAACCUUAUGGGUUUUUUAAUCUUUCUGUUUCUCAUGUUUAAAGCCUCCUUGUAUGACUGCGUCCCUUGAGAAUGUCUUGUUGCCCCUUUUGACUUGGUCUAUUGAUCUCCGUAGUUGUACUUGGUAAUUUUGGUUGACACGGUCUAUGGACUGAUGAUCCCUAUAUAGGACGAAAAAGAACAUACCUUGGCAAGUCCUCG